AUGAUGCUGAGUAUUUUGUGAAUGUGCUCUGUCAGUUUCACAGAGAUACUACUCCUUGGUUAAAUGCUCAACUUCUUUAAUAACCUUAAAGUAACACAUUGCUGGCCUUAGCUGAAGUUAUGGUUUGUUUAUCAAUUUAAAUCCAACCCAGUUAGUCUUUUUAUGGACAGCCAGCUCCCAGGCAGUGUUACAUCUCAUAACGAUGACCUCAGUGGAGUCAUGCAGCAUCGAGAUGUCUGCUUGUAGCUUUUGAAUUCAAUGAAAGGACUCCUAUUUUGCUAAGCGAAUACAGGGGGAACUCUGGAGAGGCAUUUGACUGCUCAUGUGGAAUCCAGCUCCGGUCAUGUGCUAGUCCUCCUGUGAUCAGGGCGUUAUUACGUGUUGUUAAGCCUCUGUGAUGGUCAUGCAGCUUCAGUAGCUUAGAAGGAAGAAAUUAACUCAUCCUGUCACGAUUUACUUAGUCACUGUAAUAUGUCUGAAGUGCCAUGAAAACCAGCAGAGUCAUUCGCAGGUUCAACAAAGCUGCACAAUGGUCGACUGGGACUAUGACUAUCUGAUCAAGCUGCUGGCACUGGGGGACUCAGGGGUGGGAAAGACCACCUUCCUCUACAGGUACACGGAUAGCAAGUUCAACAGAAAGUUCACAACCACAGUGGGAAUUGACUUCAGAGAAAAGAGAGUGGUAUACACGGGGACUGGUGCUGAUGGGACGAGUGAGAGGAACUUUAGAGUCCACCUUCAGCUCUGGGACACAGCUGGUCAAGAGAGGUUCCGGAGCCUCACAACAGCUUUCUUCCGAGAUGCAAUGGGCUUUCUGUUAAUGUUCGACUUGACCAAUCAGCAAAGCUUCCUUAACGUCAGGAACUGGAUGAGUCAGCUUCAGGCCAACGCAUACUGCGAUAACCCAGAUGUGGUGCUGGUGGGCACUAAGGCAGACCUGAAAGACACGAGGAAUGUUAACUCCAGACAGGCCAGGGAACUAGCGGACAGAUACGGCAUCCCCUACUUGGAGACGAGUGCUGUGACAGGAGUUCAUGUGGACUCAGCAGUGACCACUCUGCUGAACCUGGUGAUGAAGAGGAUGGAGCAGAGCACUUACGGCUCUGAACCCAACGGCAGCCCAGCCGCCAGCCAUGAGGUGGAGGAGGCCCCCAUCAGGAGGUGGUGCUCCUGUUAAUGUUCCCACCAGCAGCAGGAGAAACAGACUUCUGCGCUUCUGGUUAGACGCUCGCUACAUUUUGCUGCAUUUUCCUUGUGAUUUCUGUAGUAAAAAUAAAGUUUAAUCUAAGCUUG